UCCGGCAACAAUAGGAAACGUCAAAACUCCGACAGACGGCAGCUCCGGCUGCUGCAGCUUGAGGUGCCCUGAGUUUGGAGGGAUCUAGUGGUAUUUCUGUUAUUCUCACGGCCGUCACCUCCAUCGGCGUGAGCAAGUAAAGUCUGAACCGGCUUCUCCAUGGCCUGGGCACCAGUUCCCGGCUAAGCAUUUUCCUUCUGGCUAAAAGCCCCCGCCCAGAGGCCGAUUCGUCGCGGCGGCGGUGGGGAUCGCAGGUCACUCAGGCUUGCAGAUGGGUCAGGGGCUGUGGAGAGUGGCCAGAAACCAACAGCUACAACAGGAAAGUUUUAGUGAGCCACGCUACCUCACGAGAGAGCAUAGCAGGAGAAUGGCUGCAAGCAACGCUUCUAACACCAAUCAUCGUAAACAAGUCCAGGGAGGCAUUGAUAUAUAUCAUCUUUUGAAGACAAGGAAAUCUAAAGAACAGGAAGGAUUCAUUAAUUUGGAAAUGUUACCUCCUGAGCUGAGCUUUACCAUCUUGUCCUAUCUGAAUGCAACUGACCUCUGCUUGGCUUCAUGUGUUUGGCAAGAUCUUGCUAAUGAUGAACUUCUCUGGCAAGGGCUGUGCAAAUCCACUUGGGGUCACUGUUCCAUAUACAAUAAGAACCCACCUCUAGGAUUUUCUUUUAGAAAAUUGUAUAUGCAGCUGGAUGAAGGCAGCCUCACCUUCAAUGCUAACCCAGAUGAGGGAGUGAGCUACUUUAUGUCCAAGGGUAUCCUAGAUGAUUCACCAAAGGAAAUAGCAAAGUUUAUCUUCUGUACAAGAACACUAAAUUGGAAGAAACUGAGAAUCUAUCUUGAUGAAAGGAGAGAUGUCUUGGAUGACCUUGUAACACUGCAUAAUUUUAGAAAUCAAUUCUUGCCAAAUGCACUGAGAGAAUUUUUUCGUCAUAUCCAUGCCCCUGAAGAGCGUGGGGAAUAUCUUGAAACUCUUAUAACAAAGUUCUCACAUAGGUUCUGUGCUUGUAACCCUGAUUUAAUGCGAGAACUUGGCCUUAGUCCUGAUGCGGUCUAUGUACUGUGCUACUCUUUGAUUCUACUAUCCAUUGACCUCACUAGCCCUCAUGUGAAGAAUAAAAUGUCAAAAAGAGAAUUUAUUCGAAACACCCGUCGUGCUGCUCAAAACAUUAGUGAAGAUUUUGUAGGGCAUCUUUAUGACAACAUCUACCUUAUUGGCCAUGUGGCUGCAUAAAAGCACAUUUGCUAGGACUUUAGCUUUUAACUCCAAACUAAAGCUACCCAAGGACUUAUUUCUAGCAGAUAUGGGGGUUACAUUGUGCCGAUCAUUCUAGCCUCUGUAUACAAUCAAGCUUGAGUGUACAACCUUUAUUUCUUUUACUAUUUUCUUUUUUAGUAAUUUCCUUGGGGAACUAAAGAAUUUUGCAGAAUUUUUCUUAAUUUUGCUUAUCAUGUUUUGCACAAAGCAGAGCCAUUGUCUGACACAGCUAUUUAAGAAUGUUUAACUGACAUUAUACUCUAAAAGAUGUGUGUUUGUGCAUUAGAUUUGCCUGAAAAACUUUAUCCAGUUCCAUUCUUUUAUAAAAUACCAUGUAAUAUGUACAUAUUUAACUAUAAAGAGAUUUAUAAUCGUAAUUAUUUUAUUGUAAAGAUUUUAACUAAAGUUUUUCCUUUUCUCUCAAACUGAGUUCUGAAUUUAUUUGAUUUUGAUCUGAGAUUAUUACCGUCUAUAAAAGUAGGCUCUGACUUCAGAUAGAAUACAAUACCAAUUUCCCUUUCCUUUGAACUUGGAAAAGAGUGUUGAUUUGUUACUAUAUUACUAUGCAAAACCAGCACUUUUUUUAAUACUAUAAAUUUAUCAUUUGAUGUUUUCAUUUUUAAAACUUCUGGUUUAGUCAAGUCCUAAGUUCUUUAACCAUUUAGGAUAGAAAAAUAUGUUAAAAUGUAAACUGUGCACGUACAUGAGAACAAAAUGUUAUCCGAAAUUAGUAAAUCUUUGCUUACUAAUAUCUGAAUUAGUCAGACUUUACUCUUGUCCUAAUCUUGAUGCUCUCUGUUCAGAAUCAAUCAAGAGAGAGAUACUGUGAAUUAUUGUAGUAAAUACUCUUUAUUCAUUCAUUCAAGAAAUUGUUAUUAAGGGACUACCAUGGACUAAGCACUGUGCUAGGUACUAGUGAUACCAAGACAUGGGCUCUGCCUUCACAAAUGUUACAUGAUUGGAUAAUGAGAGGAGAAUUAUGGCUUACUGGAGAGCAAGUAUAUGAAGUAUAUCUUAAUUAACAAUUGUUUACCAAUUAUAAUACACAGCACUGGAAUUAUAGGGAACAAUAUAUUUACAUGGUAAUUUAGAAAUUUGCUGGAAGUGCCUCUAAUUAAAGCAUCAGCUUUGGAAUGAUGCAUUAUGUGAUGGGAAUAGCUGCUAGUGUAGGGAGAGGAUUGAGAGAGUAGAAACACUUACUAAAGGUGUAGCAUCCUGGCCUCCUUCCACUUCUGGUCCUAAGUCAAUAGUGGUUGGUAAUACUAUAAAUGUCAUAAUGUAGUACAGAGUUUUCAAGAACAAAAUGUAAGAAAAUCAAACAAUUUUGAAUAUCAAAGGGAUUUUUAGACUGAUAGUAAGCAAUUUCUAAGAUUCUAAAGCAAAUAUCUAAAUAAUUUUCACAUGUGCGUAUUUUGACUCAAUUACAAAAUAAUUAUUAUUUUUAAUUUUUAACUUCAAAACUAAUUUGUUUCAAAAUGCAAAGGAACAUGAUAACAUGAUGUAUUGUCUUUCCUGUUUUCCAGUAAAUAGCACCUUGCUUUCUCCUUCUGUCUGCUUCUAUCUUUUCUUCUUUGUUUUUACCAACCCUGUCUUUCCCUUGCUAUCUAGUUCUUUCUGCCUCUCUGUUUUAGUUUUACUUUCUAUAGCUCUUUUUUUUCUUCUGUCCUCCAUUUCCAAUCUCUUUCUUUUUUCUAUCCUUCCCCACCCCAUCCUGACCUGAUUAUAAAUGUGGGUUGGCAAUAUUCAUUUUCCCAACAUAUAGGACAUUACAAAAAUUUUCAUUCCAGUACUAUGAAAAUUUUCAAACAUAUGGAAAAGUUGGAAGAUAUCACAGAAAAUACCCAUAUACUCACCACCUAUAUUCCACAAUUUAAAUUACGUUAUAUUUUCUUUAUCACAUAUCUACCCAUCCCUCUAUCCAUGCACCAACAAUUUGUAUUGUUUUAAGACAGGUCAAGGUAAGUUUCUAACAUUAGUAUAGUACACUUCAUUCCCCAAAAUUUCAACUUGUGUAUUAUUAACUAGAGAUUGAUAUUUUUUAAAGUUUUUUUUAGGUAAAAUUUACAUAGAAUUAAAUGUAUAAAUCUUAAGUGCACUAGUCAUUGAGUCCUCACAAAUGCCUACACCUGUGUAAGUCAAACUCCUAUCAAGAUACACAACUUUACGUAACAGCCUAUUUACAGUUAAUAUUGUUCCACUUUGUGUAAAGUGUAGAAACUUUGAAACUCUGUAGGUCCAUCUAUCCCCUCCCUCCAUCCUUUAUCUUAGAGUUGUCAUACGUAUUACAUAUAACAUGUUAUAACUCUGCAAUAUAAUGUUAUAAUUUUCUUUAAAUAGACAUCUGCAUUUUAAAUAAAUUAAGAAAAACAUAUUCUUUAUAUUUACCCACAUUAUCAUUUCUGAUCUUAUUCCUUCUUGAAGAUCCAGGUUUCCUUGUAGUAUCAUUCUUUUCAGCUGAAGAACUUAAUUUAAUCUCUAUUACAGUUCUGGUCUGCUGACAAAUAAUUACCUUAGUUUUCUUUUACCUGAAAAUAUCUUUAUAUUGUUUUCCUUCUUGAAGAAUAUUUUUCUGGAUGUAGAAUUCUGUGUUGACAGUUUUUUUUUUCUUUUGGCACUUUAGAGAUAUUGUUCCUCUAUCUUCUGGCCUAUGUUAUUUCCACCAAAAAGUCAGUGGAAAUUCAAAUAAUUCAAAUCAUUGUUCUCCUGUGUAUAACAAUGCAGUUUUCCUCUGGAUGGUCUAUUCUUCGAGUAUUUUUUCAGUCCCAUUUCUCUUUCCGCUCCUUCUGAGACUUCAGUUAUACAUAUGUCAGACAUUUUUAUAUUGACCCACAGGUCUGUGAGGUUCUAUUGGUAUUUUUCAAUCUUCUUUUUUUUUCUGUCAUCAUAUUGGGUUAUUUCUCUUGAUCUGUAUUUAAGUUCAAUGACUCUUCCAUAAUCAUUCUUCUUUUAAGCCCAUGCAAUGAACUUCUUUUUUUUAAUUAUAUUUCUUAGUUCUCAAAUUUCUGUUUAGUUAGUUUUUAUUUAUAUUUCUGUGCUGAGAUUUCCUAUCUGUUCAUUCACUAUAAGCACAUUUUUCUUUACAUUCUUGAACAUAGUUUUAAUAGCUGCUUUAAAAUUUUGUCUGCUAAUUCCUGUAUCUGGAUCAUCUCAGUGUCAAUCUUUUUAUUGUCUUUUCUUUAGAGAAUGGCUCACAUCUUCCUGUUUCUUCAUAUGUUGAGUAAUUUAGAUUGUGUCGUGGACACGGUGAAUAAAAUGUUAUAGAAACCUGGAUUCUGAUACAGUUCUCUGAAGACCUGUUUUGUUUUAAGCAGACCAUUAAUUUGACUGAAUUCUACCUACAAGCUCUAACUACCCAGUAGUUGGUGGCAGCUCAAAUUUCAGUUCGGUUCUUUAAUCUGGCUGCUCUGCUUGGGGUUAUGUGCACACAUACUUCAGAGGCCAGCCAGAGUUUGGGGUAGAGUUUAUACACAGAAUUUAAGGCUAACCUUCUCUGUUUCUCUUGUCAGGAUUUCCCCCUGCAUUUCCCAGCAGCUAUCAUUGUCCCAAGCUCUGUCCUGUGGUUCUUUAAACUAGUAAAACUGUAAGUGCCACGUGAUGCAGACUGGAGACUACUCUCAGGCUAACAGUAUAAAAACGGAAAACUUACCCAACACUAUUCUCUUCUUCCAUGUAUUCUCUCCCCUGUAUUAUCAAUCUGCUUUUGGUUGCUUUCCAUGAUUUUCCAUGGUUGACUUUUACAUUUUGUACAGAGUUUGUAGUUUUUGUCAUGGGAUUGGUCUCAAGGCAAUACUUGGCCACAACUUGACUUGGAACCCUUUCCAAUUGGGCAGUAUUCUUUUUGUUGAUUCCUAUGCUUACUGAUUAGGGAUUUAUUACUGGUUAUUUUUAAACUUAGAUUAGGAUUUUUAAAAUGUUCUGUCUCUGAAAAAUCUUAAUAGUAAACAUUUACAUAGUAAAUUAGCAAUUCAGUGUUUCCCAGUGGGGGUGCUACUAGCAUUUUGGGAAGGAUAUUAUUCAUUAUGGGUGACUACCCAAUGUAAUGUAGGACAUAAACAUGCCAUGAUUCUGCCUACUAGAUGCCAGUAGCAUCUACCAGUCACUGUGACAUACAAAUAAUGUCCCACAUAUUUCCAAGUGCCUGAAGCUGGGAGCUAUUGAAUCUUCUUUCAGAUAUGCCAAGUUUAUCCUGAAACACAAAAUCUCCUGAUGACAUUAUCUGUUAAAAGUCUUUCAAUGUCUCCCUUCUGUCUACAAAAUGAAUUAAUAGUUUCUUUAGCAUGGCAUAAAACUCCUUUCACAAUCUGGCCUCAGCUAAUCUUUAAAGCUUCAUCUCCAACAACAUGCCUCAGAUGUGAUCUGUUCUUUCUUUGCUUUUGCACAAGCUCUUCUUUCUUUCUGUAAUAUCCUGCUCCCUUCUGUAUCUAAAUUUCCCCUACUCAUCAUCUAAGUUCCACCUCAAAUGUAAUUUCUUCAUCAAAGCUCUCAAAGGCUGUCUCUAUUAUUCAUACCACUAGUGUUAAUUGUUUUUUCCUGUGAACCAUAGCACUCUGCACAUAAUUUGUUUUAAUUAUACUAUAAUCAUCUGCAUGUCCAGCUGAUUCAAUAGAAUGUGAUCAUAUUAAAGUCAAGGACUGCUCCCAGACUGUCAGGUCCUGUUAUAACGCCUGAACCAGGGAAGUGGCAGAUGGAUUAGAGAGGAGGAAUUGGAUAA